AUGUCAGACAAUAUAAUUGACAUUGCAGAAUGGCAACGAAAAGUUCGUGCUUAUUUUUGUUUUUGUAAAAAAUUUUAUGUAUUAGAUAUAUUAAAUAUUAUACAAAUGUACCCUUUCUUAGAAGAACUUUGGGGUUCGUACCACAAAUUUAAUAAACCCGUGGAUGAUGAUGAAAAUGCACGUUUCUAUAAGGUAUUUUGCAAUCCAUUUAUUGAGAAUUUAGGUGAGAAAGAAAAAGACCAUAUAAAUUUUUGUUUGAAGAUUGUAAGAAAUUUAGGUCAUUAUCCUCCCGAUUACAAUUUUUUAAGUUUUAAAACUGAGGAUUGCGUUAAUUUAAAUUAUUGGAUAUAUUAUUCAAUGAAGAAGCAUAAAAUUCCAGAAUAUGUUAUUACUGGAUGCUUUGAUGAUUAUAAUAAUGCGAUCAGAGGCAUGAAUCAACGGCCUAGGUGUUCUUUUUUUUCAUAUGACACAAAUUAUAAUGAACCAAUUAACAUUAUAAAAUUACAGAAUUUUUAUCAUAAUGUUAAAACUAUUUAUGAUAUAUUAAUAAGGGAAAGUGCUCCAAAAGAAAGAAAUUCACAAUAUUGUUAUGCUCAAAGCUAUGCCAACGAAUGUGUAAAAAUAUAUAGAUAUAUGCAUGAUAAGUUUUGUUCUCAUAAGAAAGAUGAAAUAAAAGAAAAUCAAAAUACUUGUUUCGAACUGAACACUUUUUAUAAUACUUAUACUCAAAUUCUCUAUAUAAAAGAUGAUAUAAAAAAUAAAAUACCAGAUUUAGCUUCUAAAGGAAAUGAAAAAUAUUUUGGAUGUUCAGCAGAUGAAUCACCAGCACUUCAAGAAUUGAUAAAAGAAUCAGGACGGGAACUAGGAAUGAGAACAGCAUCAGGUCCAGAACAUGGAUCAGUAUCCAAUGGA